AUUAUUAUUGAAAGAUGGAGUUAAAAUGUGUGUGGGUGUGGUUGAUUUUGAUGUUAAUGUUUAUUUCAUCAGAAAGAUGGAGAGUUGAGAGUUGUUUGAAGCAAGAGAAAUAUGCUCUCUUACAACUUAAACAUUUCUUCAAUCAUCUUUACUUAAUUCAAGAUUCGGUUGAGAGCGAUAAGGAUUCAUUAGAUUGUUGUCAAUGGGAAAGGAUUGAAUGCAGCAAUACAACAGGCAGAGUGAUAGGUCUUGAUCUAAAAUAUGCAAGAGAUCCUGAAUUAGGCGAGUGGAACUUAAAUGUUUCUUUGUUUUCUCCCUUCCAAGAAUUGGAAAGACUUUAUUUAAGUAACAAUCUUAUAGUCGGUUGUGUUAAGAAUGAAGGUUUUGAAAGAUUAUCACACUUGAGUAAUCUGAAGGAUCUCUACCUCGAUUACAAUAUGUUUAAUGAUAGCUAUAUUUUAUCAACUUUGAGUGAACAUUCAUCUCUCAAGAAUUUAAGUUUAGCUUAUAAUCAUUUAAGGGAACUAAACCAUUUUAAUGGUAAUGUUACAUUACAUAAGUUAACUAUUAUUAUUAUUAUUAUGAUUAUUAUUAUUAUUAUUAUUAUUAUUAUUGGUGGGUUGUUUUCCAGUAUCAAAGUUGGCCAACUUGGAGUAUUUCAGUUUAAGCGGUAAUACCUUCAACCAUAACAUACUAUCAUAUGUGUCUGUUCUUUCUUCAUUAAAAGAAUUACGUAUUGUUAACAUUGGAUUGAAAGGAACAUUCGAUUUUCAAGGUAAGUCCGCUUCUCUUCUUUGAUUUCUCUUAUUGAUAACAAGAUUUUAUAUACUAUCUUUCUUUUGUUUUGUCAAACUGAAAAUAUCUCAUUAGCCGACUUGAACAUCAUUUAAAAUUAAACUAAUAAAAGUCUUUUAUCAUUAAACAUAUUAGAACCAAUGAUCCUUCAUCAUUAAUAGAUUUAUUUUUAAAUAAUAUAAGGAAUGUUUAUAAGUGUCACAUAUUCUAUUUUCGUCUCUCCUGAGUAGUUUGAAUAAUUUGCAUAUAAGCUUUAACGAAUUCAAGAGCAUUGAAUUAAAUUCCUUUGAACACUUACUAUCUUAACUUGCUUUUGUUAUAUUUAUUCCCAGAACUGGUCUCUUUGAGCAAUUUAGAGGUAUUAUACAUGGGAGGAAAUCAAAUUAAUAAAAUUGUAUUCUCAAAAGGUGAUGCAGGUUUGAGGAAGUUAUAUUCACUUUCUCUAAGUAGUGUGUCUAUUAGUGAUGGGAAUAAUCUCUUUCAGACAUUGAGUUCAUUGUCAUCCUUACAAUCUUUUGAAUUGUGGGAUUGUAACAUUAGUGGAAGGCUUCUUACUCAUGAAUUGCCUACUUUCAAGAAUUUGACAUAUUUAUCAAUUAUUAAUAGUGACCUCAAAAACAUUUUAAAUCAAGUUUUAUCUACUCUCAAGAGUUUGAAACAUGUAAGUAUGGGAGGAAUUGUGCUCAACAACUUUCCUACAAUAUUGAGUGGAUCGUGCAAUUCUCUUGAGACUUUACUACUUUAUAGUUGUAAUCUUACAAGCACAUUAAGUAAACAAGAAUUGCCUACAUUCAAGAAUUUGACAAGGUUAAAAAUCUAUGACAUUAUUCACUACAACUUUCUUCAAAUGCUUGGGACUAUGCCUUCUCUUGAGUCUAUACGAAUAUGGGAUAGUAUCCUUAAGGACACUCAAUUUGGCCAAGUUUUGCCUAUUUUCAAAAGUUUGAAACGGGUGGAGAUGUAUGGAGUUGAUCUCAACAACUUCUUUGCGAUAUUAGAUGGAUCUUACAAUUCUUUGGAGAUUUUGAGGCUUUUUAAUUGUAAUCUCACAAACGCCUUAGUUAAGCAAGGUCAGCCCACUUUCAAGAAUUUGAACAUUUUGGACAUAUAUAAGACUCAUCUUGACAUCAAUUAUCUUUGGAUGUUGAAUGAAUCGUUUAAUUCUCUACAACUUUUACAACUGGAUGGAAAGAAUCUAUCGAAUACAUUUCUUGAGCAAGGAAUUUGUAAGUCACUUCAUCUCCAGUAUUUAAGCAUUGCAGACAAUGAUUGGGGGGGUAACUUGCCUUGGUGUCUGGCCAACUUGACUUCCCUUGAAUCUGUUGAUAUCUCAUCAAAUCAAUUUACUGGAGACAUGUCCUCAUCUCCCCUUAAGGUGCUAACAUCUAUCCAAUUCUUAGAACUUUCAGACAAUAAUUUUCGAAUUCCAAUUUCCCUUGAACCAUUUUUUAACCACUCAAAACUCAAGACCUUCUAUGCCUAUAACACCGAAAUAUAUACAGGAAUGGAGUCACUAUAUUUAACACCAAAAUUUCAGUUAAAAUCCAUCUUAUUAAGUGCAAAUAAAUAUAAUGGUUCAUUUCCCAAAUUCCUCUACAGUCAAUAUGACUUAGAAGAAGUUGGUCUCUAUAACCUUAAUUUGAAGGGAGAGUUUCCAGUUUGGUUGUUAAACAACAAUACCAACCUAAGAGACCUUUAUCUAUUUAAUAAUUCUCUUUCAGGGCCUUUGCAAUUACCAAAUCAUUCUCACAUGUCCUUGAUAGGAUUAGAUAUCUCCACCAAUUCCUUCCAUGAGCAUAUUCCAAAUGGAAUUGGAACUUAUCUACCAAUGCUACAAUAUUUAAAUAUAUCUAGAAAUGCUUUGCAUGGUAGUAUUCCCUCAUCAUUUGGUGACAUGAAACUAUUGCAAGAAUUGGACUUGUCUAAUAAUUUAUUGACUGGACAAAUACCUCAUCAAAUGGCCAUAGGUUGUCUCUCAUUAUAUCGCCUUGCAUUGUCAAAUAAUAGUCUGCAAGGUGAAAUAUGUUAAAUUUGAUAGAUAUUAUUAUGUUAAACAAUCAUUUUGAAGGUUCAAUCUAUUGUAGUUUUGUUAAUUAGAAAAUUUAAAAUCAUUUUGAUUUUCCACUGUGAGGUGAAAUGCAAA